UUUGCAGUAUAGUUGGAAGAAUUGUGUACAAAUAUAGCCGUGUUAUGAAUUUUAGCGAAAAUAUGACUGCGUCGAUGCGUUCCCCGUGUCUGGCCUUCUUUUCCGGAUUCAAGGCUCGUUUUCUAAUUAUGGUACUGACUUGUAUCGUAACAUACGUUCGUUCACCCAUUCAUUUAUUUGUUACUGAUAGCUUAUUCCCACUCUUCUUGUCAUCGUCUUACACGACUCCUGCAUUGUUUUGAUACCGUUUGCGGUAUCUCUUACUUCUCAUCUAUCGGGGCUUGGUGGUCCAGCUCGGGUACCUCGGGGUUCCUAAGCCCGUACUGUAGCUACAAACGCCGCUACAGCCCCCGAGGGCUACUUCAAGUACCUAAAAAAUCCCUAGAAUAAUUAUCGAAGCGAGUAAAAAUCCAAGGAACCGUUCGACUACUAGCAAAGUUCAAGUUGAAGCUGCUGGCCCAUUGAUCACCAGACGAUCGUGCACCUCGAACACCAUGUGUCAAGUUCACCGUGACGUAACGUCGACGUCUACAUGGACGAAUGACCGGUCGCGGAGGGGACGAACAGAAACCCGAGCAACAAACGCGUCUGAAUGUACGUACAAUGUUAGACACCGUUUCGAUCGGCAACGCCGACUAUAGGAAAAACCACCACCCACCCUCGAAACAACCACCCCUCGAGUGUCAGUAGCGUGCCGCCAGUUGUUGCUAUUGCACGAGUGUCCGCCGACCGAGCCGAGUACAAGGUUGAUCGCGUUACGCUCGUCGAAGCUCCGAUAAGGAUUUUUGUGCGAUUCUUUCGGAGGGAGGGCACGCCGAUAGCGAAGGAACCGGUCUAUUCGCCGCCGAGAGUCGUUAGGCGAUACCUGUGGACGCGGUCGAGUGAUGGGACACUUUUGAACGAUCCAUGAAAUCUCGAAUGUUGACGAAUGGUGCUUGUGAAAAAUCCGUCGCCCACUCGAGGCGAGAGUCCCCAAAAAGGAAAUGCGAAGAAGGUUAAAAGAAGAUCGCGGGGCAACAGUCCCUCGGAUCAGGCUGUGUCCAGGGGAAAUAGUCCAGGAACGAGCCGUUCCAAUCACAAGGUAGUCGCGAAGAGCAGUUUGCUGCAGUCCAGAGGAAGCGAAACUGGCAGCAUCGAGAGGCUGGUGGACGGUGACAAGAGGGUGAUCGCGACGAAACACUUGCUUCCAGAGAACAACAUAAAUGUCGUCGUCAGAGUUCGUCCACUUAACCGCAAGGAGGUCAAAGCUGGCGAUGAUAUGGCCGUGCAGUUUCCUGGCGAUGGCCAGAUAUACUGCGACGGAUUUCCCAGCAGCGCCGACAAGAAGGGUAAACUGUUUUCGUACAAUGUCGUUUUCGAGCCCACGGCCAGCCAGGAGGACAUACUGCAAUUUUCCGGCGUCAAGAAGCUCAUCGAAAUGGCGGUGGAGGGAUUUAACUGCACCGCGUUCUGCUACGGGCAAACCGGAAGCGGGAAAACUCACACCCUCACGGGACCUCCGGAAAUGUUAGAUGGAAUGAAACAUUACUCAGAGGAUAACGGUCUGGUCUUCCGGUCUUUCGUCUACCUAUUCAAGCUCCUGCAGGAACGCCAACAGUGCAACUUUGUGCUGAGGGCCUCGUUCCUCGAGAUCUACAACGAGAAGGUAAUAGAUCUGUUGAAUCCUGGCACAUCGAGAAAACCUUUGAUGGUCCGAUGGAGCAAAAAGACGCGGGGUUUCUUCGUGGAGAAUCUUUUCACCGUCGAGUGCGAGGAGCUUGAUGACCUUCUAGCGGUUCUCGAAGAAGGGCUGAGAAACAGAUCUGUCGGCGCGCACAACAUGAACGAACAGUCCAGCAGGAGUCACAGCAUCCUCACCGUUAGCAUUACUUCUGAGCAACAAAUGGACAACAAUGUGUUCAUUUCGAAACAAGGGAAAAUCAAUUUCGUCGAUUUGGCGGGCAGCGAGAUGACGAAGAAGACGCAGAGCGAGGGGAAAACCUUGGAGGAAGCGAAUAAUAUCAACAAAAGCCUCAUGGUUCUGGGCUACUGCAUAUCUUCUCUGAGCGAUGGAAAACGCAAGGGCGGACAUAUUCCUUAUCGGGACAGCAAACUGACGAAACUCUUGGCAGACAGUCUGGCAGGCAAUGGCGUUACGUUAAUGAUUGCGUGCGUUUCGCCGGCGCGAUCGAACGCGAGCGAAACGUUGAACACAUUGAGGUACGCCGCGAGAGUGAAGAAGAUACGCACGAAGCCGAUCGUGGUGAUGGAUCCACGAGAAGCUUUGAUUCUCAGUUUGAAACGAGAAGUGGGAGCUCUACAGACCGAGAACGAGCAUCUGAAGGCGGCCCUGAAUUUCAGCGGCGACGAUCAAGACAUAAUUCGCAGCGAAUCCAAAGCCGAGAGCAAAGUGCCCUCGACGCCGCCGUUCGUGGACCUGGACAAGUUGUCCGAGAUGGAGCAACCGGAAUUGAGUCAACUGAUCCGCUCCUAUAUCACGGAGAACGAGGCCCUUCGCCGUGAGAACGCGGAACUGUACGCCACCAGGGAGCAAGUGAUACGGGACCAGGAACUCGUAUGCAGAGAGAACGAGAGGUUGCUGAAGAAGCUCGAGGACGUUAACUCGGUCUCUUACCGCAGAGUGUGCUGCCGGUCGCCGAUCAUACCCGCCAGGCCCACCUACUCGGCGGAGGUUCUAAACGAGAGCAACAUAGAAAACGCUCCCGGCGCAACGAACGUUUGGACCAACCCUAACGUGGAACCGACUCCCCUCUCGAGCGAUCUGAUCAGGCGCGGACUGUACAGAUCCGCGAGCAACAUGCCUGAGAAAAUUCAAAAGGAAUUGGACAAACGGAGAAUCGUUGGCAGCUACAAUAACGUAGCCGAGGCUUACAAAGACAAGAGUCAGCACCGCCGACACAAUUCAUGGGACAAUGGAAACGGCGUAACGAGAAUGAGCCCGGAUCAAACGAUGUCACCGGUGCACGUUAAUCAGUACAAGAAAACGGGUAUGCGUCGCACCUCGACAGUCCCAGAGGAAAGGAAGCCCUCGGAAACCAACGAUCUUCUGGGCGAACCGGUUCAACCGACCGAUCACUCGUUCAACGAAUCCCCAGACUCGAUCCUCAGCGGUCCCAUGGAGAUUACGAACUCCGCUCCGGACACGGCGGAAUCCGAGGCCCCUACGGCGCCUUUUCCGGGGUUGUCGCCAUUUGGGACACCGGACACGGAGGACGCGGUCCUAUCGAGGAGUCCGCCCAAGGAAAAGGAGGACGAGACAACGCAAAGAGCGUUCGGGAGUCCGGUUCCGAUCGACGAAGACCACCCACUUUGAACACCCAACUUGACUCGCGUAUGAUAGCCCGUGAUACGCUACCGGCGCGUUGCCUUAGGUCAGGUCCACCGUCGGUCGGUGAACAGUAUGGUCAUUGAAUCAUAGUUGGAUCGAGCUAAACCCUCUAUCGUAUAGAUCUUAUUUUAUCUUUGAAAAAAAGAAACUACUUCUCGGUUGUCUAUAUUCAUGAAUUAAUUACCUAGUCAAACAACGAGCGACUGAAACUGCAGAGCUAUUAGAUACCGCGUAUGAAAACGUCGUGCACAAAUUUUGGAAAAAUAUCCUCGAUUAAUUUAACGGGAAUUAAAUGAAUAGAGGAUCGACGCGUUGACUGUCGUCACUCGGACAUGGGUCACUUGUGAGAGAGGAUUAAAUAAUUACGAAAAUAAUUAUGAAAAUGAUAAAUAUGAUUUGUUGGAAAUAUUUCAGUGGAUUCGCUGUCGUCUUAUUUAUAUCUGUGAGUGAAAUGCUUUUACUUCGCCGAUUAGGAAUUUAAUUGCGAGAAUAUCUUAAAGGAAAUUUGUGUUGUUUUCUACCAAAAAAAAAAAAAAAAAAGAAAAGAACGAACGUAUAAAUGCGUUACGUUGGCAACCGCUUAACAUUAAAAGUGAUUAUGCAGUCGAUCGUUUAAUUAUAUUAUACGUGUGGCACAUCCAGAAUUCCGUAGCCUGAUGGAUUUAACGGAUUUAGCGUGGCAGUCAACGUGUUGAUUGGCCGCACAAGGCCGUUUCUCCCAGUGCGAGUCUUUUGAACCAUGACUCCUGCUUUUAUGUUAUACUGGCUUGUCUGAGAUAGAGAGCAUGAACCUUUAGAUUUGCAUAAUAGCCGAAGCGAUGAAAUCGGUUGUAAAACGGUAGGGUGACGUUAAUCGAUGACUUCAAGUUACCAAUUGAUUUUAUCCUUUACCUUUUACCUUAGUUCGUUCUAGGUUGUUAAAUUGUUAUACGAAAACUCAAGAUACUCUUUUGACUCGUUUAACCUCAACGUGAAAGAUGGGAAAAUGUUCCUUUUAAUAUAAUUUCAUAAUAUUAUCACCCUGUACAUACACCCUGUAUCGUUAAACAUUGAAUUCCAGUUUUUGUUUACUAGCGGCCAGGUCUGUCGCAAUUGUCUAGUACAAAAACAGAAACGGUUUAACUUCUUCGAAGUUAAACGUUAAUCGUAACGUGUAAUACGUGGAUAUAAACAGCACUGAAAACGGGAGACAGACAAGUAUUAUGUUUUCAAAGACCGGAUGAUAAUAUCGUGACUACGACACAACAAAGAAACGUAGUAUGAGUAGUCGAAGAAACGUAUCCAUGUAGAGUAUAUAAUUGUGUGUGAGAUUAGGCGUGAAUUCCAAUGGUCAUGGUCAAAUUAACGAAUUCUACCUCCGAGUAGUCUAACAUAAGAUUUUAUUCGUACAGAAUGCUUUGCAACGAUGUGGACCAAUUUAUGUGGAAUAAAGUAUAUAUUUGAUUGAUUUA